UAGUCAAAUAUAACGGAUCAUUUGCAAAUCCUUCUUGCAAGAUCUCUACAAAAUUAGUUCCUCUACUUUGCCAUCUUCCCAAUGGAGACUUCAAAAUUUUUUCCGAUCGUAGAGACACAAGAUGAAGGUUACCAAAAGACAUUCAAAAACUGCGCUGAACUGGUGCCAACUCUCCCUCGAAGCAAAGGCUGGUGGUUAGACGAGCUUUUCCAAUACCAAGGCUUCUGGAUGUCUAGUUUUCCCAUCAGAGGAAGCAUGUUGAUCAAUGACCACUUCAAGCCUCGACCCACUGACAUCAUCGUCGCAACUUCCCCUAAAUGCGGCACCACCUGGCUCAGAGCCCUUGUUUUCUCCAUUAUCAACAGAGCUGCCUUUGAUUUCAACGACCAUCCUUUACGCAAACUAAACCCUCAAGAGUUGGUCCUCUUAUUUGAAGGACAUAUUCAUAAAGAUGGGUCAACUUCCUUCCUUGAUGAGCUUCCUUCGCCUCGCCUUCUUUCAACUCACAUUCCUUACUCUUUGUUCCCAAAACGCAUGACCGAUGAUACCUCAGCUUGCCGUUUUGUUUACAUCUGCCGAGACCCCAAAGAUGUUUUGGUCUCAAAGUGGCAUUUCUCCAACAAGUUGAGACCCAAAGAAGUACCACCACUUUCACUAGAGGAAGCCUUUGACUUGUUUUGUAAAGGGGUUUCGCACUAUGGACCGUUUUGGGAUCACGUUUUGGGGUAUUGGAAAGCUAGUGUGGAGUCACCGAAGAAGGUGUUGUUCUUGACAUAUGAAGAUGUGAAGAAGGAGCCUUUGGGGUGUGUGAGGAAAGUUGCAGAGUUCUUGGGAGUACCCUUUUCACAAGAGGAAGAAAACAGAAAGACUGUGGAAGAAAUAGUGAAGUUGUGUAGUUUCGAGAGCUUGAGCAAUCUAGAUGUGAAUAAAAGUGUUGCCAAACGUUCCGAACGUCCUGUUAGCAACUCUGAUUUCUUCAGGAAAGGUGAAGUAGGAGAUUGGGUUAACCACUUGUCACCUGAAAUGGUUGAAAAAAUGAAUCAAAUUACAGAACAAAAGCUUCAAGGUAUUGGAUUCAACUUUCAUUGACUCCUACUACUUCAUGCUGUUUGAAUGAUGAAACUACUGGAGCCUAUAAAUCUAUUCACCGUCUCAGUCUCAGUGGAUCUGAUUUAUAUUUCAUAAACCCUUUAAAACUAAAUAAAAGAAGUCUUUAUUUUUAUAUAUGUGGUUAUUUUGGAUCUGCUUAGGUUUAAAUUUUAUUAAGGGAAUAAUAAUGCGUGGGUGUUUAAUUUUA